AUGGAAGAAGAAGAAGGAGAUGAGAGAGAACUUCAACUCCUUCCAUCCACACAUAAUCGCCAUAAACCCUCUUCUUCUUCAUCUUCAUCAAGAUCAUCCUCUUUAAAAUUCCUAACCAAAUCAUCAUCCUCCCAUCCCAUGACUUCAGCCUUCUCUUUCCAAUACGGAUCAUCUCUUGACCUACAAUUAUCCAUCAGCCUGCCGGCGCCGAGAAACGGCCGGUCAGAAUCCGGCGCCGGAAGUUUGGAGAAACUGAAAUGGCAGGCGGCGGAGAACAUCAGGUUGGCGGCUAUGGAAAAGGCUUAUGCUGAACGAGUUAGAGAGAUGACUAGGAGAGAGAUGGAGUUAGCUCAGUCCGAGUUUGCACGUGCUAGGCACGUGUGGGAAAGGGCUAGAGAAGAUGUGGAGAGGGCUGAUAAGAUUAAAGAGAUGGUUACUAGAAGGUUAAAUUCUACUUGCAUGGAAAUUACUUGUCAAUCUUGCAGGCAGAAGUUUUGUCCUUAAAUUGAAUUUGUUUCAAAGUUUGAGGACAAAUUUGUAUUAAAUAUUUGGUCUCUUAUCUAGACAAGGGAGAUAAAUAAGUGUUAAAGAUUAAUUUUGAGUUGAAAUUAAUCUGUAUUAUCUAUAAAAUUUAUCUUU